CGAGAAAAGACAAAAGGGAGCUGUGGGAGGGACUUGAGACGACUCGUCUUCACUGUGAUGUUUGGUGGCGAAUCGCCGAUAUUCACCUCAAACCCUCAAAACUUUUCAACGUCUGCGCUCGUCUAGAGCUUAGGGUUUCAGACGCUCGAUUCAUUUCCGAACCACCAAAACCUCCACCCAGAUAAAACAGCUCAAUGGACGGAGGUCCGGCAGGCGGGGGCGGCGUCGGCGGCGGAGCCACCGGUCCCGCGCCUUUCCUUCUCAAGACCUAUGAAAUGGUGGACGACUCAUCGACCGAUGAAAUCGUGUCCUGGAGCUCCACCAAGAGCAGUUUCGUUGUCUGGAAUCCGCCUGAAUUCGCUCGCGUUCUUCUCCCCAUGUAUUUCAAGCACAAUAACUUCUCCAGCUUCAUCAGACAGCUCAAUACAUAUGGAUUUCGAAAGAGUGAUCCUGAGAGAUGGGAAUUUGCUAAUGAAGAUUUUGUGAAAGAUCAAAAGCAUCUCCUUAAGAAUAUUCACCGCAGAAAACCUAUUCACAGCCACAGUCACCCUCAAGGUCCUCCUGCAGAUUCAGAAAGAGCAGCAUUUGAUGAAGAAAUAGACAGGCUCUCUCGUGAAAAAACUGAGCUUCAGUUGAAGGUUUACAAGGUCAAACAGCAGCAGUCAGCAAAGCUUCAGUUGGAAGACUUAACCCAGAGGGUUAGUGGAAUGGAGCAGAGGCAGGAAAAGUUGCUGACCUUCUUGGAAAAGGCAGUUCAGAACCCUACUUUUGUUAAGCAUCUUGCUCAGAAAAUUGAAUCAAUGGAUUUUUCAGCAUAUAAUAAGAAAAGGCGAUUGCCUCAAGUCGAUCACUUGCAGCCAGUUGCUGAAAAUAGUCUGUUGGACAAUUAUAGCAGCUCUAGAACUGAGUGUGGGAGUAUUUUCCAUAAAGAUUUCUCAAAUAAGCUGAAACUGGAGUUAUCACCAGCUGCUUCAGAUAUUAACUUGCUUUCACAAAGCACACAGAGUUCCAAUGAAGAUGCAGGAAGUCCACACAUGAAAAUAUCUGAAGGAGACCCCAAAGAGAUGCCCAUGCGAACGGAAGGCCAUUUAUUUGCACCUGAAACAUUAGAGCUUUCAGAUACCGGAACAUCUUUUACUUUUAAAAGGGACCCAACCUUGUCUCAGCAAAUGGGAGUGAAUGAAAGCCAAAGGCUGCUUUACUUGCAGGAAAGUUUGACCUCUACUGAAGAAGGCGAUGGCCAUAUCUCCUGCCAUUUAAAUCUAACUUUGGCAUCUUCUCCAUUACAAGUUGACAAAAGUAGUUCAACUAGGAUGCCCCAAAUAGGUCAGGAUAUUGGCAAAUCCUCAGCAUCUAGGUCUAUUGCCGAUGCUAAAGAAGCUGAUUUUAGAGCUAUCCACAAGAGCAGAAAUUUUGCUGAUGAUGACACUAUUUUGUCUUCCUCACAAGGGGCCUCAGUUGCAAAUGAAGCACCUCCAACUGCUCCGGUCCGGGUGAAUGAUGUGUUCUGGGAACAGUUCCUGACUGAAAGACCAGGCUCUUCAGACACUGAAGAGGCAAGUUCAAAUUUUAGGUCAAACCCAUAUGAUGAGCAAGAAGAUAGAAGAGCAGGCCAAGGAAUGUUGGGUAACUCAAAAAGCAUGGAGCAUCUCACUCUUUGAGCACUGGAAGUUUGCAUCAAAAGCCGGGUCGUAUUUUCAAAGGGUAGUCUCAAUUCUUGCUCUGAUUUGUGAGUUUUGGAUAGGAUAAACCAUAUAAUGUCCUUUUUUGGGUUAAUAAUUUUGCACAGGUGGUUGCUAAAGUUAUAAAUCAAGAAGAUAGCAGUAAAGUGUUCUCUUGAUGUUACACCAGUCUAAGUUCAUGAACAUAUUGUUUAUGUUUACCAAAAAAUAAGUGUUUAAUAUCUGAAUUCUAAAUAAACCAUAUGCACUGCAUUUGAUUCGUGAA